UAUCGCUGUCAGGAGUGGUCUCCCCUGUGACCUCAUCGGCAAUAUGGCUGCUUCCAUCAAGCAAGAAAUGCCACCGAAAGGUGGCUAUGGGCCAAUUGAUUGGAAACAGAGAAUACCAAGAGCAUUGUCAGGUACUCGCAUCUUGCUAGGUGCUACUGCAUUCUGGGGUUUAUGUGUGGCGAAGAAGCUUUACUUCAACGAGAUAUAUUUAUCUGAGAACAGAGAGAUGUCGGACUCUAGGACGGCCAUGUGGCCCUUUCUCCUUGCAGAAGAACAGAGGCUUGAAAUAAGAAGAUGGAGAGAAAAUCGGGACUAUGAGAAUGAACUUAUGAAGGAUGUGGAUGGUUGGGUUACUGGAACGUUCUUCGGAGAGAAGGUGUAUGUGGAUGACGAACGUUGCUAUAGUCCUUCAGGAAUCGAGUUUUACGCUCAUAACAAGGCUUCAACCUAUAAUCACCAUUUCUACAAAAGGUUACAAAGAUUUUAGAUGUGUGGUAUUGUGUACUGAUUGAUUAAAGACUAAGUUUUGAAACUCAACAUUAUAAUCUGAAGACACUAGAAAAAGAAAUAGUUUUGUGUCAAUUAUUUGAAUAAAUAAUACAAUGUAUUUAAAAAGUGAAA